GAAAACAUAUAAGAUGCCAGGUGAGACCAUCACUAUACAAGCAGGCCAGUGUGGAAACCAAGUAGGAACCCAGUUCUGGUCGCAAUUGGCCUUGGAGCAUGGGCUUUUGCCUGACGGAACCUCAACGCCCUACCCACAAGAUCAAGAACAACCCGAAUUCGAUGGGCAAAGAGCCGGCACCACAAACCACCGAGAAGAUAGAGCCGAGUUGUUCUUUACAUUGUCGGACUCCGGAAAGUAUACGCCCCGGUCUGUUUUGAUUGACUUGGAACCAUCUGUUAUUCAGAGAGCCACCAAUGGAUUCCCCAUGUUCAAUCCCAGAAAUAUCCAUUUGAGUGAGACGGGAGAUGGAGCCGCCAAUAACUGGCUGAGGGGGUACGCCUACGGAACACAGCACGUGGAAGAACUCCUCGAAAUAAUAGAUCGAGAGUCUGAUAGGUGCGAGAACUUAUCUACAUUUCAAGUCAUUCACAGCGUGGCAGGAGGUACGGGAUCCGGGGUUGGGUCAUACUUGUUAGAAGAACUUAACGAUCGAUUUGGGGCCAAAAAGCUCAUUACCACAUCGCUGAUAUUUCCUUCGAGCGAAAAGACUUCCGAUGUGAUUGUCCAGCCAUAUAAUACGUUAUUGACGUUGGAUCGUUUGAUUGACUGCAGCGACUGGACCACCGUUUUCGAUAAUGAUUCGCUCAAUAAAAUCCAAAAUGACGUGUUUGGCUUGUCCCAGACGUCAGACCUUCAAUUUGAAAACAGCAAUAAUGCCUUCAACACCACCAACAAAUUGAUCUCCUAUGUGAUUGCCAGUAUAUCCAACCCCAUCCGGUUUCCCGGCUACAUGUACACGUCGUACGAAUCCAUCUUAUCGAGCUUGAUUCCGGUUCCCGAACUUAAGUUCCUAUCCGCAUCCAUCGCUCCAUUUGCAGACCUCUCUGCCUUCCAUCUGGGAUCUUCCAAACCGCAUUUAUCUAACAUGAACGAAUACGACUUAAUAUUAGAAUUACUCGAUGACAAGUACAAGAUGAAUAAGAUCGGUACCACCAAGCCGAAGUACAUAUCCAUGUUCACCUACUUAAUUGGGUCGGACUUGAACCAAGACGAAAUAAGGAAAGGGAAGCUCAAGGCCUUGAAAAGACUCGAGUUUGUGCCGUGGACGCCCUCGUCCAUCAGCGUUGUGAACGGGAAGAAAUCUCCCUUUAUGUACGGUACCCACACUUCCAAACAUAAGAACCUCAACGGGCUUCUGAUCUCAAACAACACGUCGAUGGUGCCGUUUCUCAUCAAGAUUCUUCAACAGUACGAUGCUCUCGCCAAGAGGGGAGCGUUUAUCAACUCGUACAUCGAUGCCGAUACGGUGGGUGAUAAGAACAGUGAGAGAGAACGGGUACUAGACAACUUCAACCAAUGUAAAGAACAUGUGUUGAGUGUAAUAGACGAGUAUAAGGCGUGUCAGGCGAUGGAGUUUCUCGAGGACGAUUUGCUUGAAGUGGAUGAAAUGAUGUGAAGGGUGCAGAUCAAUCGGGAAUAAUGUCACCGCGUAUAGUUACUUUUAAUGCAUAAUAGGAGAUUGACGGGAAUAAGUAGUGGACAACGAGUCAGGGACUGAAAUGGUCCCAGGUUGCGGGAGUGAGUAGCCGUAGAUGGGGCCGAUUCGUCGACACCCACAUCGCCUCACCGCCAUCUCCCCUCGCCCUAAGCCCCAGUUUAACAACCACAGUGUGGGAAAAGUGUUCGUCGUGCGCGGUGCGGUCGGAAAAAACCCCUGCGAGUGUGGCACAGAUAAGAGCCGUAUAUGGAUUAGAAAUCAAGCAGGGUAUAAAACGUAACCAUCCCGCAAAAAAACCACACAAUUUCACCAACUCUAAAAUGACUGUUAGUUCCGAAUACUCGUUGGAACACUUGAUCUCCAAAAGAGCUGCCGGUAGAAAAAAGAUCCACUUUGCCACUGCCCUAACCGAAGGGGCCCCCCAUGGUUAUAUUCCUCACAAGGAACCACUCUACAUGAGUGGAGGUAUGCCCAAUGUCGGGUUUUUUCCGGUCGAUUCCAUCUCUGUGGGUGUGGCUGACUAUCCAUUCCAGAAACAGUUUGAAUUGACCCAUUCCAAUGGGUCGUUGGAAGCUUUAUCCAAGGAUUUGAAAAAGUUAGACGUGCAAGCUGAGUCUACCAAAAAGGUGGAGAUCGCUAAAAUUGGUACCGACAAAAACUUGAUUGAUAUUCGCCAAGGACUCCAAUACUCCCACUGGAAUGGAAUGGAACAAUUGCUAGAGUUCACCAAAGAUUUCAUCACCAGAACUCAUCCUCCUGCUCAUUCUGACUGGUCUACCAUCUUGACCACUGGUGCCGGUGAUGGGAUCUUAAAGUGCAUGGACCUGGUUUUGGACAAAGAUGAUGUGGUGUUGAUGGAAGAGUUCACCUUCACUCCGUCCUUAAUGAUGAUCCGCGAGACAGGUGCAACUGGAGUGCCUAUCAAGUUGAAGGUAUCUUCUGACAGUGAAGGUAUCGAUCUUGAAUACUUGACCGAUUUGUUGGAAAACUGGGAGACUUUAAAGCCUGGGUUGAAAAAGCCCAAGGCAUUGUACACCAUUCCCACUGGGCAAAAUCCCACUGGGUUAACCCAGUCUCUCGAGUUCCGGAAGAAAAUCUAUGCUUUGGCUGAAAAAUAUGACUUUAUCAUCAUUGAAGAUGAUCCGUACGGAUACCUCACCUUGCCUCCUUUUAAACAGCCGGAAGGUACCCAGAGCUUGGACGAGUUUCUUACGGUGGAUGAGUAUAUCAAAGACCACUUGACACCUUCUUACUUGGAAAUUGAUACCUCUGCCAGAGUCUUGAGAAUCGAGACCUUCUCCAAGCUUUUCGCUCCUGGGUUGAGAGUCGGGUUUAUUGUGGGCCACAAGAGACUCAUCGAUGUUAUUGCUGCUUAUUCGGUCAUUGUCACCAAGUUUCCUUCGGGAGUGGCUCAAACAGUGCUCCAAAACGUCUUGUUCCAAAAGUUCGGGGGAGUUGAGGGUUGGCUCCAGUGGAUCUUGAAGCUUAGAUCGGCUUAUAUUCACAGGAGAAACUUAUUACUUCAUGAGCUCACUCAGGCUUCUGCCUAUCAAAAGGGCUUGAUCGACGUUAUUGAUCCUCAGGCAGGGAUGUUUGUUUCAGUGGUGUUGAAGUUCCCAGAAGGGACCGACGUCAGUGAGAAGAUCACUCUCCUUAACUGGAAAUUCUCCGCAUACGGGGUGUCUGUGGUACCUGGACUCAACAUGGCUGUGGACAAGGAGUUCAGUGCUCUGCGGGGGAACUUCUACAGACUUACAUUUGUGCCAUUGAAUACCGACGCCGAGGUUAUCGAGGGAGCGAAGCGAUUUGCUGCUGCUGUUGACGACUUUUUUGCCAAGGGAUUGGAGUUCUAAGGGCCUUUUGUGUAUUAUCUCUUGUGGGCUGUACCUUUAAUAUGUUUAAUCCAAAUCUAUGUCGCGCUAAAAUCUGACGGAUCAUUUUAAA